AUUAGUGUUAUAUUUUUGGAAUGUACUAUUCUGUUACUGUUGUCGAUUAAUGCCAAAUCCCUAAGUUUAAUGGAAGGCUCGAACACUAGAGUGCAUAUAGAGCAUCGUGUAUUGGAUACUUUUCAAGCGGAUAUUCCGAAACAUUUUGAAAAAAUCGGUCCGAAAUACUACUACAUCGAGCAUAUCAAUAUUUUUAAUUGGUUUGGAGCUGCCGAAAAGUGUCGGCAAUUCGACGCCCAUCUAAUCAAUCUUCAAGACAAUAUCGAAUUGUAUAACGUGGGCUUGAACUUAAACCAAUCCCUUAACUAUUGGACCGAUUUGAAUAACCUCGUCAAUCGAAGCAUAUUUUAUUCUCUAACAACUGGAACAAGUGCAAACUUGCUAAACGAUCAAUUAAAGAGUCAGACAACUCAUGAUAUAAAUAUGUGCGGUCUCAUACAGUUCGACAAUAACACAUCAAAUUUUAUAUUGGCCAAGCACAAAUGCGUGGAUAAAAAGGCUUACUUUAUUUGUGAGACAACUCAACCAACCACAAUAUCUUUUCUAUUAUGGUGAAAACUCAAAUGC